CAGCCUAAAGUGAGGUUGUAGACUCUAGAUACCCCGCUGAAACACCCAUUGCUUUGCGUUUUCACUAAACCUUAUUUAUUCCGGUUUCCUCUAAUCACACCAUCACAUAAUUAGUGGCUACCCAAUGGAAGACAUCACAUCACCCUCACCACCAAACCAAGUGCGUAUCUCAGGGCAUCUGUCUUCUCCGCCCAUUCACCAAGUACCAGUCGCAACCUCUCAGACGUCCUGGUAGUCUUUCUUAAUGGCCUGGUUCUGUCACGUAGGGCAUGGUCGCCGACCAUAUCUCACCUUCUCUCCAGUUUCUCCGACAACAAUCAGCACCCUCCAACGAUAUUAACCUAUGAUCGUUAUGGCCAAGGAGACUCGGACCACGACCCAACCGAUGACCCCAAUACCAUCCCCUACAGCCAUGACGCUCAUGACAUCGUCUCCGAGCUCCACCAGCUCCUAACACAAUUCACCAGCUCGUCACCUCACCUCCCAAACCUGGAGUCAACCCGUCUGGUGUUUGUCUGCAACUCCAUUGGCUGCCCCCUGGCACGCUUCUACGCCCACGCACAUGCAGACCAAACACAGAUAUCGGCAUACCUCUUCCUGGAUUCGAUGAUAGCCAACACGGAUUUCGUCUCCAUCUUCCCAGAUCCCGACGACGCUGGCUUCGACCCAGACUCCUUGCCCAAAGGCGUCUCCCCGCAAGAAUUGCGAUACACGCGUUCACAGUUUCGCAAAUUCUUCCACCCGACGGUUCCCAACCCUGAACAUUUUGACCGAAGAAAACUGGCCGAGAUGUUGCCCUUUUCCGACAGACCCUCACUCCCUCUUAUAGCUGCACCGGGAGAUGAGAAGCCCAGCGAGAAGGCACCGCUGUUGACCGUCGUCGGGCAUGACUGGGAUGAGUUCGCCGAGCAGUGCGAGAAAGGCACCAUGGCUGUCCUGAAGCAAGUUAUCAACACUUUUAUGAACCCAAUGUGGUCACGUUAUAAUGAUGGCCUCCUUCGUCUUGUCCACACCCCGGGAAAUUCCAAUACAGUGAAGGUUGCCAGCGGAUGCGGGCAUUUUAUACAAAAGGACGACGCGGAACUUGUGGUCAGGGAAAUUAAACAUCUGCUUCACAACCUCUAGGAUGGUUCCAAAUCAAAGCCAUGAAUGGAAUUGCAGCACACAUGUCGAUAUAAAGUAUAUUAUAGUGAGUGUGGAUUAGCAACCCGUAGGCGACUAGGACUUUUAGUUAUGCGAUACAGAUAAAUGAUUAAAGAACAGCAAUGACAACCCCUCAAGCUUCGGUCAAUCACCAGGAACAGAGGGUAAGUUCCCUUUGGUGCAGACCAUGUUCCACCAACAGUAUGUGAAUCAGAAAUUCCGAGCCCAGGACCAAACAACCGUUAUAAGCAUCAUCAUUACCGCCGCCUGCCCGUCAUAUCUUGAUCGUCGCUCAUUGAGAUAUCCUGGCUCAUAGCGUCAUCAAUCGUCAUCCGCCCGCUAGUAGCGGUACCAGUUGCUUGACGGGUCACCCAAACACUCGCCAACCGUGACAGCCCUCAGUCCGUUCUCCUGAAUAAUUUCCAACAUGGCGGGAGUGAGGAUUUCGGCGGUAGUUUGAUGUACAUCAUGGCUGAGCACCAGGUAUGAUGACUGGCCGCCAGAGUUUACCGCCCACGAGAAAGUAUCUAUCGCCGCCUGGAUGGUGCCUGGCGAGUUGUGAAGGUAGUCCUUGGUGUCGACGUCGAAGUUGACCACGUGAUACCCCAAGCUCUCAAUAUCGGGGAGGCAAUCGCCUCCACAGUUGGCGUAAGGCGGUCUCAUGUAAGUUGGGACCUUGCCAAUCACAUUUCGAAGGGAUGUCUCGAGUUGCUGCAUUUGAUAUCUUCGCUGCUCCCAGUUGGCGUACGUCAGGUCUUGAUGAGACCAAGUGUGAGAUGCAAUCUGAUGACCAGAGGCAAUCAUGCGUUUCAGGAUGCUGGGCCACGUAGUCGAGGGGUCAUCGAUUCCGUGAGACCAGUUCUCCCCGUUGACGAAGAACGUGGCCUUGGCACCGUACGCGUCCAAGAGGUCCAGGACAUGGCCGGUGUAACUGAAGGGACCGUCAUCGAACGUGAGGGCCACGGUACCGGGAACAGUGCAGUGCUCAAUGAUCACGCCGUUAGGUACCCUGGGCGCCAGUCUGCUGGUGUCGGCUGGUGCGGCUUGCCCACCUGAGUGGAGCAGCCCGACAGAAAGGGAGAGCAACGUGGACAGCCGCAUCAUCGUCAUGGUGGCCAACAAGGGGAAGGGGUAUUUGACGGCGUCCGUAACGAUGCUCGGAUAAGGUUGACG